GCACCGUGGAUUGGACCGCGGCAGUAAUCAGGCCGGCCCGGAUUAGUUUCCGCAGCUGGGCGAUGCAGACGGCCGCAAAUGGGCCCGAUUUGCUCCCUCUGUGCCUCUGCUCCUUCCCUCCGGAUGGGAGCGGGGCCAUAGCCGGCCGGGAUCGCCGCCGCCGCCGCCGCCAUCUCGCGGGGGUCUGAGAAAAAGCCGCCUCCCUCCUCCUCCUCCUCCUCCUCCUCCAGCACCACUCCUCUUCCUCCUCUUCCUCCUCCUCCUCUUUCUUCUCUGCUCCGCUCCAUCCUUCCUGGCGGAGGGAAGCGUCAGCCAUGGCCGAGGUGCCCACCCUGGUCAGGAUCAAAGUCGCCCUCAAGAUCCAGCCCAACGACGGGCCCGUCUAUUUCAAGGUCGACGGCCAAAGGUUCGGCCAGAACCGGACCAUCAAGCUGCUCACGGGGGCCAAAUACAAGGUCGAGGUGGCGCUGAAGCCGGGCACCGUCCAAGCCACGACGAUGGGUAUCGGGGGAGUAAACGUGCCCUUGGAAGAAAAGUCCAGGGAGCCCCAGCUCGUUACUUAUACUGGAAUCUACGAUACAGAAGGAGUUACUCACACCAAAAGCGGAGAGAGGCAGCCUUUGCAAGUCAACAUCCAGGUCACUGACAUCGGUGCUUUUGAAACAGUCUGGCAAGUGAAAUUCUACAACUAUCACAAGAGAGAUCACUGCCAAUGGGGAAACAGCUUCGGAUGCAUCGAGUACGAAUGCAAACCCAAUGAGACGCGCAGCCUCAUGUGGAUAAACAAGGAGACCUUCUUGUGAAGCAACACGAGGCAGCUGCGGCUGGACAAUCUCUUGCUAAAAGAACCCACCAGUACAAAGCCUUAACAGAGGCACUCUUUAUCAAUGCAUCUGUUGAACCAUCGCGGCUACAAGCCAAAAGCACAUUUGCUUGGGAAGAAGUCUCUUCAGAAUGGAGGGGACUUGCUUCCAAAUGAAUGUGCUCGAGACCGUGUGUGUAUAUUUAAAAAAGAGUUCUUGGGAUGUGACAUUUAUUUAACGCCCCCCUCCACCCAGCUUUGAAUGAUUCCAUACCUUUGGUUUAGCAAGUAUGGCGAAGAAAAUACUGCGCUACUCACCAAAGUCUGGAGUUUUUCUAAUGUUUUGUAAUCUCCAGAAGUGAUGUGCUCUUGAACCAUUGUUUUAAAGUGUAGGUGCGGCCCAGUGCCAGUGGCUUCUGUAUUUUCAUUUGUGUUACUUCACUAUGUUCCUUCAUAGUAGUGAGUCAGCAGCUGGAAGGGGGGGGGAUAGUUUGCUGCUGUGCCAUAAGCUUCAGUGUAUCCACUUUCCCUUUGCUCCUAAUAUUUUUCUGAUCUAUGAUACACAGUAACAGUACAAUUUCCUAACCAUUCUCAGCCCUGCUCCAGUUCACACUGCUUUGUUUGCCCAGCUCUGUGUACACGUGUGUGAGCUCUCUCUCUCUCUCUCGCU